GACCUGGUGGACGGCAGCAGUGGUUUCUAAUUUCGAACCAAGAAGAGCUUUGAGGAAGAAGAAGAGAGAUGACCGGAGCUGUUGCAGCGGCGUCGUACCUAGCUCGGAGAGCGGCGCAGAAGGAGAGAGUGCGGAUUCUCUACCGCCGUGCCCUCAAAGACACUCUCAACUGGGCUGUCCAUCGCCACAUCUUCUACAAGGAUGCCGAUGCUCUCAGGGAGAAGUUCGAUGCUAACAAGCACGUGGAAGAUGUUGAGACAAUUGAUAGAAUGAUAGCUGAUGCCGAGGCGACCUAUAAUAAGUGGAGACAUCCUGAUCCUUAUAUUGUUCCAUGGGCUCCUGGUGGUAGCAAGUUUAACCGAAAUCCCGUUCCUCCUUCCGGGAUUGAGAUAAUAUAUAACUAUGGCAAGGAAGACAAUGAUUAAGGCCAAAACUUUCUGAAGGAAAUAAUUUGAGAUUUAAGGAGCUACAUUAUGGAAUAUUCUGGUCCAUGUUUCCUGGUUUCCCCAGUAAAGUUUAACAUUCAAAAAUCAUAUAAAUAAAAUACUUGCCUGGUUUGGUUCUGUAAUUCGUAAUUGGGGAUGCAGUGUUUGUACUCUUGUUUAAACUCAGGAUUGCUCUCCUUGAUUGUGUGUUGCUUUAAACUUGACGGUUCAUUUGGCAAUCAUCAAAUCCUUAAAUUUGUUUUUAAAAAAAUCGAAUUGAGGCUUUGUCUGAAGCUAAAACCUUA